AUGCCUCGCGGAAACGCUCAGCAGACCAAGGUCCACUACAAGGGCGCCGAGGAUGACUACGUGAUCUUCGUCGACAGCGCCAAGGCAGUGCAGGAGUGGAAGGAGGACAAGUCGAUCCCGCUGUCGAGCGUGGUCAGCGGAUGGAAGGUGUUUGUCACCCACAAGCAAGGCACCCAAGGCAUCCUCGACGCGGCCUCAAACGGCUCGCUGGAGGGCGAGUUCGGCACGCACAAGGACGACGACGUGGUCAAGGCCAUCUUGGAGAAGGGCACCGUGCAGGAGACUGAGAACCCCGAGCGCCAAGCUGACCGAAACAUCGCGAACGGCGGCACGGUAGCCCACUGA